GCUUCCGCCUCCCCGCGGCUGGUGGUCGCGGAGGCCAAGAUGGCGGCGCAGGCGGCGGCGGCGGCCCAGGCGGCCGCGGCGCAGGCGGCGCAGGCCGAGGCGGCCGAGUCUUGGUACCUGGCGCUGCUGGGCUUCGCCGAGCACUUCCGCACGUCCAGCCCGCCCAAGAUCCGUCUGUGCGUGCACUGCCUGCAGGCCGUGUUCCCCUUCAAGCCGCCGCCGCGCAUCGAGGCCCGCACGCACCUGCAGCUCGGUUCCGUGCUCUACCACCACACCAAGAACAGCGAGCAGGCUCGCAGCCACCUGGAGAAGGCGUGGCUGAUCUCGCAGCAAAUCCCUCAGUUUGAAGAUGUGAAGUUUGAGGCUGCAAGUCUUCUGUCCGAGUUGUACUGCCAGGAGAACUCGGUGGACGCCGCGAAGCCCCUGCUGCGGAAAGCCAUCCAGGUGUCCCAGCAGACGCCGUACUGGCACUGCCGCCUGCUCUUCCAGCUCGCCCAGCUGCACACGCUCGAGAAGGACCUGGUCUCCGCCUGCGACCUGCUGGGCGUGGGGGCCGAGUACGCCCGGGUGGUGGGAUCCGAGUAUACACGGGCGCUGUUCCUGCUCAGCAAAGGGAUGCUGCUGCUCAUGGAGCGGAAGCUGCAGGAAGUGCACCCGCUGCUGACCCUGUGCGGGCAGAUCGUCGAGAACUGGCAGGGGAACCCCAUCCAGAAGGAGUCCCUGCGGGUCUUCUUCCUGGUGCUGCAGGUGACCCACUACCUGGACGCCGGGCAGGUGAAGAGCGUGAAGCCAUGCCUGAAGCAGCUGCAGCAGUGCAUCCAGACCAUCUCCACGCUGCACGACGACGAGAUCCUGCCGAGCAACCCCGCCGACCUCUUCCACUGGCUGCCCAAGGAGCACAUGUGUGUGCUCGUGUACCUGGUGACCGUGAUGCACUCGAUGCAGGCCGGCUACCUGGAGAAGGCGCAGAAGUACACAGAUAAGGCCCUCAUGCAGCUGGAGAAGCUCAAGAUGCUCGACUGCAGCCCCAUCCUGUCGUCCUUCCAAGUCAUCCUGCUGGAGCACAUCGUCAUGUGCCGGCUGGUCACCGGGCACAAGGCCACCGCACUGCAGGAGAUCUCGCAGGUCUGCCAGCUCUGCCAGCAGUCACCCAGGCUCUUCUCCAACCACGCAGCCCAGCUCCACACGCUGCUGGGCCUGUACUGCGUCUCGGUCAACUGCAUGGACAACGCAGAGGCCCAGUUCACCACAGCACUGCGGCUCACCAGCCACCAGGAGCUGUGGGCCUUCGUCGUGACCAACCUGGCGAGCGUCUACAUCCGGGAAGGAAACAGACAUCAGGAGGUACUAUACAGCCUGCUGGAGCGCAUCAACCCGGACCACAGCUUCCCCGUGAGCUCACACUGCCUCCGCGCGGCGGCCUUCUACGUGCGGGGCCUCUUCUCCUUCUUCCAGGGCCGCUACAACGAAGCCAAGCGGUUUCUGCGAGAAACGCUGAAGAUGUCCAAUGCGGAGGACCUGAACCGGCUGACGGCCUGCUCCCUUGUGCUGCUCGGCCACAUCUUCUACGUGCUGGGGAACCACAGGGAAAGCAACAACAUGGUGGUGCCAGCCAUGCAGCUCGCCAGCAAGAUCCCAGACAUGUCAGUGCAGCUGUGGUCGUCGGCGCUACUGCGAGACCUGAACAAAGCAUGCGGCAACGCCAUGGAUGCCCACGAGGCCGCGCAGAUGCACCAGAACUUCUCGCAGCAGCUGCUGCAGGACCAUAUUGAGGCCUGCAGCCUCCCUGAGCACAACCUCAUCACGUGGACGGAGGGCCCGCCCCCCGUGCAGUUUCAAGCUCAGAACGGACCCAACACCAGCCUGGCCAGUCUCCUGUGAGGCACGUUGGACGGCAGCACCGGGUUCCGGAGGGGACACCAGCCUUGGGGCCUGCGCGGAUCUCCACAGGGAUCCACAGGGAUCCGUGACCCUCUGUGAGCUCCAUGGGCCUCCACGGACCUCUGUGGAUCUC